GUCAGAAUACGCUGAUCUAUUAGUCACUGUUUUCGCUGUCUCUUCACUUCGUUCGCAAAAUCGAGAUCGUUUAUAAGUUGCGAUCGAAAAGCCGAAUGCAUCAGUUGAAGCUUAACUUUGCCAGCGAGAAGAUGUCGAUGAUUCCCACGAUCGCCCAUCUGGCCCUUAUACUGUGUGUCCUGGGUUGUGUUGCUGCAUAUCAGCAAAAUUGUCAACCAAAUGGAGGAUAUUGUCAAAUGCACACGGACUGCUGCUCGAGAACGUGCAAAACCUACAAUCUAGUUUGUGCCCCUAGGGUUGACGCUUUCGAUCCAAUUAAAUAUACUAAGAUGAAUAUUUUCGAUGUGAUGCCAGUGAAACCACCCAAAGAUAAGGUGAUAAUUUAUGGUCUUCCUGGUGAGUCAGAACCAUCGGAUGAUUUAUUUUCUUUUGGGCCAAAUACAAAAUCAGCCGCAGAAUGCCGGCAAGUCGGUCAACCUUGCUCCCGGGCCGAAGAAUGCUGCAAUAUGCGUUGUCACACGUAUUUGCAUAGGUGUGUCACCUAAAUUGUAUUCAAACAAUGAGGAAAGACGACAGCUAGCUAUUACUAAAAUAAUCCAUAUUCAGGAAAGGUGCAGCCCUUUAUAGAUUAAUUGAACAACAUUUUGAAUUGUUCUGUUAAUAAUGUUAUUCGAAGACUUUAUUCAUUUAUCUAAACCUAUUCUUAAAUAUAUAUGGUGGCUACACAUUGAAUAAUA